AUGCUCUGCAGCCUUUGCGAAGGGCUACACUGGGAGGAAAUUCUUUCUUCGUUCGAGGCCGUCGGUCACCAUGUUACCUACUCAGACCUCGCUUCUGCGGCUAGUCACGGAUGCGAUUUCUGCACUGUUGCUCAGGCCGCGGUACUAGAUACGUAUUCGCAGGACCUCUCGUUGCCCGUUGAAGACGUCGCGCAACUUCACCUAGAAAAAGAUCGAUUGGAAUACCAGCGUUAUGGGGAGGACCGUACCGGGUUCACGAUAGAACCGGGUCACAUUUGGCUUGAUACCAGAUAUGCUCCAUGUGAAGGAGGCGUUAUCGGAAUAAUGUACGGCAGAGGUACCUCACGAAUUAUUGGUCGCAGAACCUCCCAAAAGGUCGAACUUGAUUUAGGACUCAGCUGGGUUCGCGAAUGUAUCGAAAAGCACCCAGACUGCAAGCAUGAAGAUGAAUCGCUACUACCGUCUCGUGUCAUAGAUGUUGGUAGCUAUUGUGGUGAUGAAACGCUUCGCUUGCGACAAUGUUCGGGGCAAAAAGCCCCGUAUGUGACCCUCAGUCAUUGCUGGGGUCCUUCAAAUCCGGCAAGGACGACUUCAGCAUGCUACAACAAUUAUCUAAAAUCCAUUCCCCUUGCGGGUUUGCCAAGAACCUAUCGAGACGCUGUUGCGGUGACUCGUUUCCUCGGGAUAAGGUAUUUAUGGAUUGAUAGUCUCUGUAUCAUACAGGACUCCACUGGGGAUUGGGAAAAGGAGUGUGUCAAGAUGUCUAAAACAUAUGAGAACUCUACAGUCACAAUUGCUGGACCUGAUGCUCCCCACUGUCAUGCUGGCUUUCUCGACAGGCAACCUAAACCAGCUUUCCCAGAGUUCACUUUUGAUUACCAGUCACCGACUAGUAAAGGCACAGGCUCGAUAGAUAUGUUUUACAGAGGUUACAAGAGGGGAGAGACUAAACUGGGGCCACGUCCUGAGAGCAAUUCGGUUUUGUCAAGUCGUGCCUGGGCCCUUCAAGAACGGUUACUCUCACGUCGAGUCCUGUACUUUGGUAGCCAGUUGAUGUACUGGGAGUGCCUUACCAAUGUGCGCUACGAAAAUCUGCACUUUCCCUUCAUCGAUAACUUCUGGAGUCGUGGAGAAGUGGAGAAGGUAUCAUUUAAAAGGAGGCAAUCCAAGGCCCUGUGGCUUAGAUACUGGUACAACAUCGUAACAACAUAUUCAGGAACAAAUCUGACAUUUUCCAAUGACAAGUUACCAGCUCUUUCUGGCGUGGCCAGCAAGAUUCAUAAUUUGUUAGGGUAUCAUUACUUCGCAGGCCUGUGGAAGGAAGACUUUCCCAGAGGAUUGGCAUGGUAUUGCUCUUCAUAUCGAAGGGCUCAUCUUUCUCCAGCUGAGCCCAUAGAGUUCCUUGCCCCUUCGUGGUCGUGGGCCUCACAGGAUGGGGAAGUUACUCAAGCGGCUUCCAGCACUACAUCUCCUUUUGGCAGCGCAGAUCUUAGCAUCCUGGAUGUCAAUGUCGACUUGAAAGGCCCAGAUCCUUUCGGGCAGAUACACUCUGCACAGCUCAAAGUGUAUGGGAAAGUCCGCACUGGAAUAAUUCGGAAGCUGCGGAAUCUAAUGGCUGGAGGAGAACAGGGUCUUUUUCUCUGCUAUGGAUGUCUUGAUCUUUUGGUGCUUGGGGAGUAUUUUCCCGAUCGUCCUGGACUAGCCAAUACCCUUGCUAAGUUUGAUUAUAUCGGCGCAGAGGAAGAUGGGAAGAUGCCUCAACAAACGAUACUUUUCUUGCUUCUAGGAAAAUCACUACAGGGAUGGAUGGCUAUGGCGAUCGAACCAAUGCCUGAAAAAUUGAACAAAUAUCGACGCAUUGGGCUGGCUAAAUCAAAGCCGCAUCAUUUUAGGGAUGACCGUUGGGAACAUUGGUUCGACGAGGGCGAGUCCAUGACGGUUGAGAUGAUAUGA